UUGAAAAAUGCAUUUAAAUUUAUUGCACUUGCGCUCUUCGGAAAGCAUCAUUCACACAGCCAUGGCAAUGAUAAGCCCACAACAAAUCAGUUCACCAUCGAACGAUUCGUUUGUUUGCUUUUAUAUAAAUCAUUAUCAGCAGUAUUAUUACAUUCUACAUCGAUGGAGCUUAAAGAAAUUCACCGAACGUACCCGCGUAAUCUAAACCCAGAACAAUCCGUUGCCAGCGAUGAUCUAUCAGUGUUGAGCCGAUUCCAAAAUCUCUCUUUGUUCGUCGAAAAUCCCACCCAUAACGUUACUUCCGAUGCCCUGACACGGGGAACAUCCGUCGACCCAUAUAGUAGCAGCAACAGCAAGACGCAACAGCAACAUGCACUUGACCUGACUGGCUAUCGAAAAAUCCGCUCCGUAGGUCAAGGUUCGUUCGGUACUGCCAUCCUGUACGAGCGGCAAUCGGAUGGGCAACAGGUGGUCAUGAAGCAGAUUGCUCUUAGCAACCUUUCCAAACCAGAGCGUGAAAUGGCCAUGAACGAGGUGGACGUGUUCUCGAAGCUGCACCAUCCCAACAUCAUAGCCUACCUUGGGUCGUCCGUACGCGGUGAUCUGCUGCUGAUCGAGAUGGAGUACGCGGACGGUGGAACGUUGGCGCAGAUGUUGGCCGAACGUAACCAAAGCGAACCACUGCCGGAACGGUUCGUGCUAAACAUAUUUGAACAGCUCACCAGUGCGAUAAGCUACAUGCACUCGCAAAACAUUCUGCACCGUGAUUUGAAAACGGCGAACGUCUUUCUGCACGGCAAGGGCACGGUAAAGGUUGGUGACUUUGGUAUUUCCAAAAUUAUGAACACCAACGUACACGCACAGACGGUGCUCGGGACUCCGUAUUACUUUAGCCCGGAAAUGUGCGAAGGCAAGGAGUAUAAUGAGAAGAGUGACGUCUGGGCCCUGGGAUGUAUUGUCGGGGAGAUGUGCUGCCUGAAGAAAGCGUUCACGGCCACAAAUCUGUCCGAGCUGGUAGGCAAGAUUAUGACUGCGGAGUAUGUGCCACUUCCUGCGUGCUAUUCCGAAUCCUUGUGCCACGUUCUGGGGUUGAUGUUUCAGAUCGAUCCGAACGCAAGGCCCUCUGCCUCAGAACUGUUGCAGUAUUGGGUUCCGUUUAUCUAUCGGAAUCUGGGGUCUUCGGAUGGAUUUCAGGUAGACAAUCAUUCGUUGAAUGUCAAUAGUUCCGGCCAGUUCAAAACCUCCGUACAAAAUAGGCAAUCAGUAGUGGACAGUAAUCCCAGCUCAUCUAGCUAUGGAGACGGAUCAACGGCUCUGAUUGAAACGGAUUUAAAUCACAACACUCCGACUGAGCGUACCGUCCUCUAUCAAUUGCACUCAUUCGGCACAUCCUCUUCGCUGGCACCGUUACAUCUACCGCCGACGAUAAGGAUCAAGCAGAUAGUGACACGUGGUCAGCAUUUUGUUGCUGUUAUGGAAGAUGGAUCAGUGUACAGUUGGGGUGAAGGAGACAAGGGACAGCUCGGGCACGACGCACUCGAAACAUGGCAUCACAUCCCUAUGCGAAUCCAUGCAAUCCGACAACGUAAAGUUAUCAGUGCUGCUGUCGGUGAUGGAUACACCAUUUUCUGCACGGCCUCCGGAACACUGCUAGCCUGUGGUGACAACAGUAACGGUUGCCUCGGUCAGGGAAACAAGGCAUCGUUGCUGGUACCUAAAAAAAUCGAAAAACUGGAGCACAUUCCCAUCGUACAGGUGGCCAGCGGUACCACGCACGUGUUGGCCCUUACCGAGGGAGGCAUCGUGUACAGUUGGGGAACAAGCAGCAAUGGUGCACUUGCACUUGGCAAGCGUAUCCAUGUGGCUCUCGAACCGGAGCGUGUUAUUUUGCCACAGCUGGUACAGAACGUUCGGGAAGUGUAUGCGGGGCCGGACUGUACAAUUCUCUUUACGCGUCAGGGUGAUUGCUACUGCUGCGGAAGCAAUGCAGGGAAUCGGCUAGGACUGGGGCGAAAAGUUAGUGGUACGGCUACGCUACGAAAAAUCGAACUCGACGCCAACCGACCGAAGAUUGUGGCUGUCAGUGUGGCCGAUACGCAUGCGGCAUUCCUGAUCGAAGGUGGUUUUCUGAUAACGCUCGGGGAUAAUGCAAGCGGACAGCGUGGUGUUGGCCAUAAGUGUGAGCUGUUGCAACCGACGAUCGUUCGUCAGUUGCAGGCACGAUAUGUUUUGAACGUGAAAUGCAGCCAAACGUACACGGUUGCAACGACGGACGAUAAUUGUGUCGUGCUGUGGGGAACGCGUCUUGGUACACCGGAUAGCUGUGACGAUUCCAGUGGCUCACAUGGCAGAAAUAACAAUGAUCAGCGACCUUCGUUGGCCACGGUUGCCAACAGCACGACGGCUCUAGCAAACAUCUUAACGUCUCUCUAUAAACACGAGACCAUACUCAAUCCUGCAGACGUACUGGCGUUGUACUCGUCCAAGCAGCAGCAAAGCCUUGGGUCGUACGUGAAACUUCUGGACGUCUACCCGUUGCAACACAGCGUACUAGUGCUGGUUGAGACCAACUGUCCGCUUGUCUAGAGAGCAAACAUUACAUUCACAGAGGGUGCAACACAAAGAGAGUCACAUUUCACCUCAUUGACAUGCACCAGUUGCCACAUGGUGGCCUUUUUAAUCGCACCAAACACAUUUCUGGUCCGUGAUAAAUGAAUCAGUAUUUUCAAAUGUUUUUAAUCAAUAAAACAAACUCUGAAAGGACAAAAAACUUGUGAUUUAAUUUUGUUUAAGAUUUUCUACUAAUAAACAGCUUGAGGUAAGUGUAACCAGUGCUGAACAACAUUAAAACGCUACUCGGAAAGGAAGUGCUCACAAGUCCCUAGAUGUAUGCAAAGGGAUGUCUUUCUGUUUGGCUGCUGCCGUACACAACGAAACGUCACAAAGUAACGCUUCGUAACGCUCUUCGGACUGU